AUGAAAUCAUCCUCUAUUCCAAAAAACCUAAAAACUGACAUCGUCUGCAACUUUUCCUCUAAAUCAAAGAUAACUUUGGAAAGACAAUCAAGUUUAAACAAAUUGUCCUCUUCGAAAUCUGUUUGGAGAUUGAGAAAAAAUUCGGCUUCAACUUUAAAUACUAAUGAUUCAAAUAAUUCUAAUAGCAAUGAUAAUUCUUAUUUCAACAAUAAAGAUGAUAUAUUGUUUGAGUUGACAAACCAAAAAAUCGAAAUUUAUAAGAAAUCAACUUCAAGUUCCCGAAGAAAUUACAACUCAAAUGCUAACACCAACAAUAAAAAAUCAAAUAACAACAACCAUAAUGGUAAUAAUAGCAAUCUCAGUACUAAUACCAAUGACUCGAAGAACUCAUCAAACAUCUUCAAACAAAAUUUUGCCAACAAUAACAAUAGCUAUUCACCCAAUUCACCAAAUAACUUAGACGAUUACUCGCCAACUGAAUAUAUAUUUGUCGACCACUCAAUCAAUAAUCAAAUGACUCCAUUAAACUCACCAAUAUCAACCAAAUUCACGCCCAAUAAUUCCUUCUUUAAGUUUAAAAAUUAUGUAGUCAAUUCGUCUACAAACAAACUUAAAGAAAUUAAAUCGGAGAAUGAAUUUGAUAUUACUCAUACUACCAAUAAUAAUGCAAACAAUUUGCAAUCUUCACCUUUAUCCAACACAAAACAAUUUAAGAAUUUGACACUCAGUUCUAGUUCUUAUUUGAAUUCUCCCUAUUCAGUAUCAAGGAAAAAGAAAUCCAUCGAUAACCUUAGAAUUAAGAAACUAGAUAAACCUCCAGCCAAAUUAUUAAGAUCAUUUUCAAAUUCUUGUCUUAAUAAUGAUAAUACCAAGACACCAAUUUCACCAAUCGAUAAUAAAAACUUGAGAAGAAAUACUUUAACUAAUAUUAAUAAACUUGAUGCUGUUAAUGAAAACUGCAACAAAAACUUGAAUCAGAAUGUGAAUAGAAAUUCAAAUCAAAACAAUUUAACUAUUUCAAUCUCAAAAAGUUUUUCCAUUUCCUUGACUGACGAUGGAAAAGCUAUUUUAGAACCAGCCACACCUAUUCAAAAUAAAACUGUUAUUAAUAAUGUUGAUAAUGUUAAUGAUGUCAAUACUUCUAAGGAUCCUUUAAAGAAUCAGGUAUAUUUAAAGCCAACUUUGGGUAGUACAAGUUCAUCAUCAAAAUCAACUUCGUUGAAUAAGACUCUCAGAAGGCAAAGCAAAAAUAUUUACAAUUUAUCAUUAUCUGAAAGUGAUUUAAACAAAAUAGAUGCCCCAGAGGUGGGUCAAAAUGAUGAUAAAGGCAUUAGCAGUAAUAAUGACAUUAAUAAUAUUAGCAUAAAUACUGUUAAUACUGUUAACAAUGUUGAUACUUCUAAUAAUGUUGAUAUUGCUAAUAAUAUCAAUAAUUCAAAUAACCUAUAUGUUAAUAAUAAUAACAGUAAUAAUACGAUUAUCAAUUUAAGUCAUCUUGAUAAUAUUAGCACACCAAUUAAGGAAAAUUAUACCAAUUUAGUAAACAUACCAUCAAGUUUAAGAUGUUCAAGUGCAAGUUCAAACUCAUCAUCAUUAUCUACAACUUCUACAUUAUCUUCAAGUAACACUGAACUAGUUACACCAUACGAGAAAAGUUCAUUUGACUUUUUAUUUGAAAAUGAUAUUAAUAAUAGAACAUUUGGUAGUGUAUUGGAUACUUCAUUAAAUGAUAAUAAUAAUCAUAUUUAUAAUACUUUUGACACUACAUUUAUUGAUAGAUACAGUAAUGAUAUGAUUGAUACAUCGUAUAUCGAGUUUAACACAGAUAACGAUGUUAAGGAAUUUAAUUUAUUAGAUAAUGUUUUGCCAUAUUCUUUGACAUCAACUCAAUAUAAUUUAUCUAAUGUUUCUUGUUCUAAUCUCUCAAAUACCUCAACGAUUUCCAAUUAUUCUAAUGUUGAUUUUUCAUUAUUGAAUAAUAGUACUGCUGCUGGCAACAAUAACCAGAACAAUAGUGUCUGUCUUAAUAAUAACAGCUUUAACAGUGUAUUUAAUAAUAGUAUCAGUAAUAAUGGGAUUAAUAAUAAUCCAAUUUACAAUUUUAAUUAUAAUAAUUACAUCAAUCAAGAAAAAUUAGGGGUGAAAAAACUUCAAUUUAACGAACCAAACUUGACACAAACAUUUAACGACAACUUCAAUUAUACUGUUGAUUCAAUUGAACUAAAUAAUAGUAAUUUCAAUAACUCUGAUGAAACAUUUAAUUUUGGUAAUGGAGUUCUCCAAAACCACUUGUUUUAA